GGGUUUUUGCCAUCUUGGGGUGUAAUGGGAGAUAAUCUUUGGAUAUAGAGAGCAUAUGGGUGGAUAUAGAUGGAUAAGGGAUGUAUAUGUAUGUCUUUAUACAAUGUUAAUAAAAUGCGUGUAUAGCCAAGCCGUAAUGGGAGCUGCCGCGCUAGCUGUUUUCAGCACUGCGUCGUCUGACAUCUCUCAUCGCCGCGUCCAUUUUUCUUAUAUCUGCUACCUUCUACCCUUAUUCGAAAAGAUAGAUCGGUUGCUGUAGUUUAUAUUGCCAUGUCCGACUCCGCCGUCCCUAUACAAGGCGGCAUCCUCGAAGGAGGAAACCCCUCGCAUUACGAUGAAAAGAAUCCCAUCGUCAUCUUCAUCAUCCAGGCUUCUAUAAUCAUUAUCUUCUGUCGGCUGCUACACUGGCCCCUCUCCAAAAUCCGUCAGCCGCGAGUCAUCGCCGAAGUCAUCGCCGGCGUGCUGCUGGGCCCCUCUGUCUUUGGUCGCAUCCCCGGCUUUACAGAUGCCGUCUUCCCAGAAGCCUCGAUUCCCAACCUCAAUCUCGUCGCGAACCUGGGGCUGAUUCUAUUUCUCUUCCUUGUCGGCCUCGAGACCGACCUGCGCUUCCUCAUCAGCAAUUGGCGUGUAGCGGUCAGCGUCUCGGCGGCCGGCAUGAUCUUACCUUUUGGCCUUGGAAGCGCUAUCUCGUAUGGUCUGUAUAAUUCCUUUCGCGACGAACCGGACACCGUCCAAAUCAACUUUGGCACUUACCUGCUGUUCAUUAGUAUCGCCAUGGCCAUCACGGCAUUUCUGGUGCUCUGUCGUAUUUUGACCGAGCUAAAACUCCUGGGAACCAAUGUCGGUGUGAUUGUGCUCUCCGCCGGUGUAGGAAAUGACGUCGUCGGCUGGAUUCUGCUGGCUCUUUGCGUCGCGCUGGUCAAUGCCGGAACCGGACUGACUGCUCUCUGGGUGCUGCUCGUCUGUGUUGGUUAUGUCUUGUUUCUAUCGCUCGUUUUUCGGCCUGUGUUUAUGCGUUUCCUGAAAAGGACAGGGAGCUUGACCAAGGGUCCCAGCCAGUCGGUCGUAGCGCUCACUUUACUCAUUGCCCUGGCCUCGUCCUUCUUCACUCAAGUGAUCGGCGUGCAUGCCAUUUUUGGCGGGUUUUUGAUUGGCCUUCUCUGUCCGCACGAGGGCGGCUUUUCCAUCAAGCUAACUGAGAAGAUUGAAGAUCUGGUGGCCGCUUUGUUCCUGCCGUUGUACUUUACGCUUUCUGGUCUGCAGACCAAUCUGGGAUUGCUCGACAACGGGACCGUUUGGGGAUAUGUCGUGGGGAUUAUUGCAAUUGCGUUUAUCGCCAAAGUGGCGGGGGGUGCUUUGGCGUCCAGACUGUGUGGUCUCCUCUGGCGCGAAAGCUUCUCCAUUGGAGUUCUGAUGAGCUGUAAAGGAUUAGUCGAGUUGAUUGUCUUGAACAUUGGAUUACAAGCGCACAUUCUCAGCACCCGCACUUUUACCAUGUUUGUUGUCAUGGCUCUCGUGACUACCUUCGCAACCACCCCAUUGACCACGUUGCUUUACCCCAAGUGGUACCAGAUUAAGGUUGGGCGCUGGCGCCGUGGAGAGAUUGACUGGAACAGUAACUCGCCGCAGGAUGCCAGCCGUCAUGACAGUGUGGCCGUCGCAAAAGGCCAGCUAAAAACCAAUGCCGUGCGCAAGCUGCUUGUGUAUCUGCGACUGGACGGACUAUCCAGCGUCUGUACACUGGCAGCCCUACUCAGCCCCAACGAUCAGCCGCCCGCGCCAAAGGUCCACCCCGAAAAGAGGAAGCAGGUGGCAUCAUCACCGGAGCCCGCAGCCGAAAAAUCCCCCGCGACAGAGGAGGAAACGCCUAAGCUCCAGGUACACGGUGUGCGACUGAUGGAACUCACGGACCGAGACUCCAGCGUCAUGAAAGUAUCGGAGAUUGACGAAUACACCCUCUGGGACCCUGUUGUUAAUACCUUCCGUGCCUUCGGCCAGUGGCACAACCUCUCUAUCAUGGCAGGAGUGUCAGUCGUGCCAGAGCACUCAUACGCCGACACGGUUGUGGGCAUGGCGCAACAGGAAUCAACCGACCUGCUACUACUCCCAUGGAGCGAGACGGGAUCGAUGAGCGAGCACCAGAGCGGGCUGGAAAUCGACGAAGCCAACCGGUUUGCCAACGGGCCCUUUACGGAAUUUGUGUCAUGCGUCCUGGACCAGACAACAUGUAACGUGGGUGUUCUCAUUGAGCGGACUAUGUACCGGAAGCCACCAGGUCAGCAAUCACUCGGAGGGAUGAGCGUUUGGAGCUCCGUGUGGCCAGCCACGCGGUCGCAUCAUAUCAUGCUACCGUUCGUAGGCGGCGAGGAUGACCGGUACGCGCUGCGCUUUGUCCUGCAGCUCGCAAAGAACGACCAAGUUACCGCCACGAUCGUCCACCUUGACAUAGCCAUACGAGCACCAGCGGGGGACGAUUCCGCUGGACAAUCCUCAUCCUCACCCGUGCAACAGAAAACCCAAACCAGAGAAUCUGAUUCAGACAUAGCAUUCUUCAAUACAAUGCGGGAUUCCCUUCCCGAUGCCCUUACAUCGCGUGUCAUCUUCAAGCGUAUAACCCCCAAGAAACCCGCCCCAGACCCAGUCACAUUGGCAACCACCACCGUCCAAGACGAAAUGGCCCAGUCUCCUCAUCAGGCAGGAAAUAUGGUAGUCGUCGGCCGGCGCAACAACCUUCUGGACGAGACGCCAUUGCAGGAAGAAGUCGGCGAGAACAAUGUAACACUGGCACUAGGUGCGAUAGGGCAGGGAAUGGUGCGGAGUGAGGCGCGCGUGGGCAAUAUUUUAGUCCUUCAGGCUGGGCGUCCAGCGUGAUCUACGGGUCAGGCCUGGUUAAGAUUUAUGCCAAAUGUCUAAAGCAGCUUUACAGCGUUGAGCCAGAAUGAACCGCAGCUCUUUACAAACCCUGCCAUCUGGGCUAUACUAUGACGAAUGCGAUUUUCACGCUCCACUCAUGCCGGAUUGACUACAUCACAAUACAUUUUUAAAAAUAGCAUAAGCCCC